UCCCUAGUAGGAUGAGCGGGUUUUAGCCAGGAAAACAUGAGUGGGAAAAAUAUUCUGGGUAAAGGGGAGUAUCACUAAGGCAUGAAUAGCUGAAAAAACAUGAAGUGUGGGAGAGAGUUACCUUGACCUAAAGAAAUAACAGUAAAGAUGGAAAAAUCAAAAUUAAGGAGUUAAAACAGGUGCUCAUAGUUGGGGGUCGCUGGAGUCGUCGCCCUUGCCCUGCUAGUCUGUCCUCAUGAUAAUCAAGUGAAAGAAAGAUGAGCUUCAUCUGUGGACUGCAGCCUGCUGCUAGAAACCGUGUUUCCUUCCGACUUGAUUCACUAGCUAACUGGAGAAAAUGCAACACAUUAGCAGUGACCUCACUAGGCUAUCAUCAAGUACCAUUUAAUCAUAUAAUAACUAAGUAUCAGGGACUGGGAGUGAGUCAAAGCAAGAGGUUGACUUUUCUGCCUGGAAACUUUACAUUUUAUAGGACUUUGAAUAACAAAAGGAUAGCGGGCCUUUUGAGUGGCAAAAGUAAGAAAAUCUGGAUGACCACCAGAAGAGGUGCUGUAUGGAAGGACUCUUCCUUGAGACAGCUGAUAAAAGAAGUGACUGUAGUUCCUGCCCUUUCAGUUUUGCAUCCUCUCAGCUGCUCUUCCAUGAGAGCGAGCUGGUGUUUCCACACUUCUCCACGGGUUCAAGCCGCUCCAGUUCCUCUCUUGCUGAUUAUCCUUAAACCAGUGCAGAAGCUACUUGCAAUCAUUGUAGGGAUGGGUAUAAGGAAAUGGUGGCAGGCACUUCCUCCUAACAAGAAGGAACUACUUAAAGAAAGUAUAAAGAAGAAUAAAUGGAAGUUAUUCUUUGGUUUGAGUAGUUUCGGAUUAUUAUUCAUAGCAUUUUAUUUUACUCACCUGGAAAUGAGUCCAAUCAUAGGAAGGAGGAAGCUGCUAUUAAUGGGGAAAGAGCAUUUCAGACUUUUAUCAGAGCUGGAAUACAAAGCCUGGAUGGAAGAAUUUAAAGAUGAUAUGCUAACUGAGAAAGACGGCCGAUUUCUGGCUGUUAAAGAAGUGGUUUAUCACCUAAUUGAAUGCAAUAAAGAUAUUCCAGGGAUCUCUGAGAUCAAUUGGAUUAUUCAUGUGGUUGAUUCCCCGGAUAUAAAUGCCUUUGUGCUUCCAAAUGGACAAGUGUUUAUUUUCACUGGGCUUUUAAACAGCGUAAAUGAUACCCAUCAACUUUCCUUCCUUCUGGGCCAUGAAAUAGCACAUGUGGUCCUUGGACAUGCUGCAGAAAAGGCUAGCUUGGUUCAUUUACUGGAUUUCCUAGGCAUGAUUUUUCUCACAAUGAUUUGGGCCGUUUGUCCUCGAGACAGUUUGGCACUUCUGGGCCAGUGGAUACAGUCUAAAUUGCAGGAGUAUAUGUUUCACAGACCGUACAGUAGAACGUUGGAGGCGGAAGCUGACAAAAUUGGACUGCAGCUUGCUGCAAAGGCUUGUGUGGACGUAAGAGCCAGUUCAGUGUUCUGGCAGCAGAUGGAGUUUGCCGACAGCCUCCAUGGUCAUCCCAGGCUACCCGAAUGGCUGUCGACACAUCCUUCCCAUGGAUAUCGGGCCGAGUACCUGGAUAGUCUCAUACCUCAGGCUCUUAAAGGUAGAGAGAGAUGUAAUUGCCCACCACUUUCUGGACCAGACCGUCGAUUACUGUUCAAACUCAGCAUGAAGCAUUUUCUUGAAGAAUCAGAGAAAGAAGACCUAAAUUCCACUGUGAAGAAACAGAAAAUGGACACUCUUCCUACUCAAAAGCAGGAGCAAAUUCCGUUAACUUGCAUAGUUGAGAAAAGAACUAGCAGUUGAAUUAAAAUUAAUGAGAUGAAGGAUAUCUGAAAAAUACAGUGAUCCUUAUCAUUUUUAUGUUACUUUAAAAAAAAAAGAUGUUGA